AUGAAGAAGACAAAACAUGAAUUCUACUGGCAUCAAGAACAAAAUCAAUCAUUCCAUAAUUUGACAAAUGUUCUUACAACACCGACGUUGAUGUUGAAUUAUCCACAUGUAACAGCAAACUUCAUCUCAGCUACGGAUGCAUCAGAAUAUGCUAUAGGUGGUGCAUUGAAGCAAGUAAUCGAUGGAAAAAUUCAUUAUAAUUACUACUUAAGUCAUUUAUUAUCACCAAUUGAAAAGAAAUAUAAAACAAUUGAACGUGAACCAUUAGCAAUAUUCUGGUGCAUGAACAAAUUGCAGCAAUAUUUGGGUGGUCGUGAUGUUACGAUUCUCUCUGAUCACAAGCCACUCGAACGAUUCUACAAAAAGACUCAUUUCAGCUGUAAACGAAUAGAAGAAUGCCUUUAA